AUGGAGACGUUCCAGAGGGUGAUACAGGUGCAGUCGGGGUGGACCGGAACAACGUGGCUCCUCCCCCUAAUGGCAGUGACGAAGUUACCCCGCUCCCAGAUGGACGAGACUCUCCAGAGCCGAGCACAAGUAACACAGCAGCCUGGCCUUAUCAGUCGAGUGACAGAUACAGUGAAGAGCAUAGUCCCCUCCUGGCUGCAGAAAUACUUCAAAAAUGGAGACGUUCCAGAGGGUGAUACAGGUGCAGUCGGGGUGGACCGGAACAACGUGGCUCCUCCCCCUAAUGGCAGUGACGAAGUCACCCCGCUCCCAGAUGGACGAGACUCUCCAGAGCCGAGCACAAGUAACACAGAACCAUCUACAAGUAGAGCGUCACUGAACUUCCAGGAAGCUCUUUCGAGACCUCCGCUCAAUCGGACCCACCUGCACUUCCCCUCCCUGGAUGGUUCCCCUGCAUUAGGUGGCACAAGCUCCCUCUUCUCCCAGCCCUCCACGUCCACAGCACCCUUCUCAGGGAGCCCUUUCGCUGUAACCUCCAACUUCUCCCUGGUGAAAGAGAUUAAGGACUCCAGUUCUCAGCAUGAGGAUGACAAUAUCUCGACUACCAGUGGCUUUUCGUCACGUGCGUCUGAUAAAGAUGUGCCCAUAUCGAAGACUAUGCCGCUCCUCUGGUCUCCAGAGACAGAACGCACCCACACUGGAUCGCAGACAGCCCACUCUGGGCUGAAAAAACCAGCCUUCAACCUGUCAGUUUUUGGCACUUCCUCAUCAUCAGUGUUGAGCAGUUCAGUGCUAAACUCCAGUCAGUUGGGGGAUUCACCCUUCUACCCAGGGAAGACCACAUAUGGAGGAGCUGCUGCGAUGAGAACAGCUCGUUCACGCCCAGCUACUCCUUACCAGCCUCCCGUUAGGAGACAGAUAAAGGCAAAGCCAGCUGGAGCUCAACCCUGUGGAGUGACCAGUGCCACAGCGAGACGCAUCCUACAGUCCCUGGAGCGCAUGUCCAGUCCUCUUGCUGAUGCAAAAAGAAUUCCGUCUACAGUUUCAUCACCUCUGUCAGCUUCACUGAAUCACACAGACCUUGACGUUUCAAAUUUCCAGGCAAAGAGGAAAAGGCUGGAGCCGUCAGUCCCUCCUGUGCAAAAGCUGGUGGUCCCUGCAGCUGCUGCAGUGUCUGGUAACCGUUCAAUAUCCUUUAGACCAUCACUUACCCCAGGUGGCGUGAACAGAGGAGUGGAGAAAAACAACAGGGACACUCCGAUAAGACAAUCCCCUCCAAUUUCAGAUCAUGCCCAGGCUCCCUCUCCCAGCACAAGCAGUUUGUCCUACCCCUUGUCCAGCACUCCAGCAGCCAGUAGCGCUGGUUCAAGAGGGGGCAAAAUGAAGAGGGAAAGGUCCAUCAGACCUUCAUCCAAAAAACCUGACGAUGAGGUUGCCGAGGAACCAGACCUGCCGCCUGCCUCUCUUCCCAGCAAUUUCACUUUGCCAACAUUUAAUUUCUCCUCUCCUCCCCCCUCCUCAUCUCUCACCUCCAGCACAAAUCCAUUUGCAACUGCCUCUGAGGUACUGGCAGCAAAUAAGGAGCCAGCUGCACCAUCCACACCACCAUCUGUCCCCUUCACGUUUUCGUCACCUAUCGUCAAGGCAACAGCUGCCAGUCCUCCAUCUUUCUCUCCAUCAUCUGGAUUCACCUUCAGUGCGCCUACUAUGAAGACAGGCCUCUCUUACUCCAAUGGGAAAAUUGUUCCAACGGUAGCACCAGUCAAAUCAGUGGCCAGUGAAGAAAAGGAGUUUGAAGGACCCUUCAAACCUGCCAAGGUCUUAAAACAGGGCAGUGUAUUGGAUAUACUUAAGGGACCUGGAUUUGCAUCCCCUGCUCAGAACGCAGUUUAUAAACCUUUGCCGUCUGCAUCAACAUCCUCGGCUCCUCUUUCUGGUUUUGGUGACAAGUUCAGGCCACCUGCAGGGUCAUGGAGCUGUGGCACUUGCCUAUUGCAAAACAAGUCCUCGGACAAGAUGUGUAUGGCUUGUCUUGCACCGCAACCCAACACAGACUCUGCCUCUAAAUCGGACAGUAAACCCACAGAAGCUCCUGCAAGCAUCAGCUCCUUAUUUGCUCCUCCAGCUGGUAGCUGGGACUGUGACACAUGUUUGGUCAGGAACAAACCGGAUGUAGUUAAAUGUGUUGCUUGUGACACGGCCAAACCUGGGACUGGAGUGAAAUCCAGCCUGACUUUACCAGCUCUUUCUGAGGCCUCGUCCACCCUCUCUGCCACCUCUUCUACAACCACCACAGCAACAACAACUGCUUCUUCAGCAACUGGACUGUUAGGAUUUGGGGACAGAUUUAAGAAGCCAGAGGGGUCUUGGGAUUGUGAUGUAUGCAUGGUUCAAAACAAGGCACAGGAUGUGAAAUGUGUAGCCUGUCAGAGCUCUAAACCUGGAGCUGUAGCUGCAGCGGUCUCGACUCCAGUCUCUGCACCUGCAAGCACUGCUGCGCCUUUGUUAGGAUUCGGGGACAAAUUCAAGAAACCUGAGGGGAGCUGGGAGUGUGAGGUGUGCUGUGUACAGAAUAAGGCAGAGGACCAGCAGUGUGUGGCCUGCCAGUCAGCAAAACCAGGAGCUAAAAUAGAGUCCAAAGGUUUUAGUUCAUCUUUUGGCAUUCAGUCCAACAGUACAGAAUCAAGUUCAUCCGGUUUUAAGUUUGGUACCGGCUCUACGGACUCAACCUCUGCUGGAUUGAAGUUUGGAGGCACUUUCUCAGAUACUACUUCCACCACAGGUGGAUUUAAAUUUGGAUUUGGGUCCUCCGACUCAACCUCAAAAUCAGAGGGCUUCAAAUUUGGAGGCUUAUCCUCGGAUGCAGCUUCUGGUGGGGUCAAACUUGGUAGUGCCUCAUCAGAAUCCACAGCAACAAAAGAGAGCGUGUCAAAGGCCUUUACAUUUGGUGGAUCCAUGGAUGACUUGCUUGAAAAAAAGACUAAAUCUCCGGAUUCUAGUACAGGAUUUAAAUUUGGUGGCGAUAGUGGAAUCACUUUUGGCUCUCAAGCUUCUGGCACUGAAAGUUCAGCAUUUUUGUUUGGAGCUAAACCCAGUGAGAAAAGAAGCUCAGAUUCAUCCUUUAGUUUCUCUGUGCCCCAGUCCAAAGCUGAGAAAGAUGAUGCUCCUGCUCCCUCAGAAACAGUUUCAACCACCGCAACAACGACGGCAGCGAAUGUCAUUCCUAUUUUUGGCAAGUCUUUAGUAGCUGAAUCUUCUGCAUCGAAGUUUGGGGAGCCAUCAGCGAAAGAGCAAACGCUAGUGACGUCCACCUUCACCUUUGGAAAAACCGAAGAGAAAAAGGACACCUCCACACCCUCCGGUGCGGUCUUAUUUGGUGCUUCCAAGGAAGCUGACAAGCCAGCACCAACCUUGAGCUUUUCUUUCGGCGAGCCGGACCCUCCAAAAGAUUUCCCCAAUCCUACACUUACAUUUGGGAAACCUGCAGAGUCAGCAGAACCCCCAAAACCGUCAUUUAGUUUUGGACAGAGCAUGACAGACACAUCUACUCUAAAGCCCACUUUUGGCUUCAUGGCCAACUCUUCAAGCACCCCAGCUUCCUCCAGCUCCACCCCCAGCCUUUUCGGCACUCCCACUACCUCUUCCCUGGUUCCCACACCUGCUCCCUCAAGUACCUUUGUAUUUGGCCAGAGUACCUCCACUGAACAUACCAUGGAAAAGACUUUAAUGUUUGGACAGCAGCCGCAGGACAGCCAGCCGAAACCUCCUGCGGCACCUUCUGCUGCACCUGCCCCAGCACAACCCUUCCAAUUUGGCUCGGGCACAAAUUCAUCCUCCCCUGCGUUCACUUUUGGUGCUGCUGCGUCCUCGACCCCAGCCUCUUCCGCUCCACCUGGCAACCCUUCCCCAUUUGUCUUCAGUUCUGCCACACCUUCAUCUGGCUUUGGAUCUGGACAGACCCCCAUCUUUGGUCAAAGCGCGUCUCAACCCAGUGCUCCUGCAUUUGGGUCAGCGGCACCUUCAUUCUCGGCCAUCACUUCCCCAGCUUCUGCCUUCGGCUCCAAAUCCAAUUCUGCCCCUGUGUUCGGUCAGCAAGCUAACCCUGCACCUACGUUUGGAUCUGCUGCUUCCUCCACAGGCCAAGGUCAGAGAGACUUCUGUUAACAUCAGCAGAAAAAA